UAGACUUCUGAUAGUUUACUGGCAUUCAUUUCAGAGUUAGAGUAUUAAUAUUGGGAUUGGCUUUCGUGGAUAUGGCUGGAUGGACAAUAAAACUGGUAUUGGAGUAAUCAAUAGCCUAAUUACUUGUCUGAGGAUCAGUGUGGUCAGAGAAGACACUAAGGUUAAAGAGAAAGGGUAGGUACAUGAAAUGGCAUCCAUCAUCAUGCGCAUCCUGCACUUGGGAGCUGAGAAAAAGAAGGUCAAAUACUAUGAGAACUUACAAAGGGACAUUGACCCACGAGAGACAUGGGAGACACAGGGAGAACUUGGAGAUGGGGCCUUCGGGAAGGUCUAUAAGGUGCAGAACAAGAAAAAAGGUACUGCAGCAGCUGCUAAAGUGAUCAAGGUGCGCAAUGAGGAGCAGCUUGAGGACCACAUUACUGAAAUUGACAUCCUGGCAACCUGUCACCAUGACAACGUUCUUGCAUUUUUGGAUGCCACCUUCUUUGAGGGUUGGUUAUGGAUCAUGGUAGAAUUUUGUCCAGGGGGUGCACUGGAUGACAUCAUACUGGAGCUAGAGCGGGGUCUAUCAGAGCAACAGAUCAGUGAAGUGUGCUACCAGACCUUGCAGGGUCUGUCUUACCUGCAUCAACUCCACAUCAUCCACAGAGACCUAAAGGCAGGCAACAUCCUCCUCAUGUUUGAUGGACAGGUCAAAUUGGCGGACUUUGGAGUUUCUGUAAAAAACACGCACACCCUCCAGAAUAGGACCACGUUCAUUGGAACACCAUACUGGAUGGCUCCAGAGGUUAUCCAGUGUGAGACAUCCAAGGAGAACCCUUAUGGCCCUGAGGCAGAUAUGUGGUCGCUGGGCAUAACUCUUAUUGAGGCAGCAGAGAUGGAGCCUCCACACCACUCCCUUACUCCCAUGAGGGUCCUGCUGAAGAUCACCAAGUCACCACCACCCACUCUUAGAAACCCACACCUAUGGUCCCAUCACUUCCAAGACUUUCUACAAAGAGUGCUACAGAAAAGCCCUGAGAUGCGUUGGGGACUUCAGCAGCUCCUAAACCACCCUUUCCCUUCCACAGGACAGACAAACAGAGCCCUCAGAGAACUUAUAGCUGAGGCUAAAGCUGAUGUCAUGGAGGAAGCUGCGUCCAUAACCGACUUCAGGGCUUCCCUUGAUGAGGUCAUGCAAGUGAAGAGCCCUGUAACAAAGACAAACUGCACUCAGCAGAAAGACAUGGACAUGGCACAUAUUUCCGAACAACCUUGCCCUGAUUACUGUAUAAAUAAUAUUGCCACCCCAAACCAAAACCAUCCUCUUACGCAAAGUAAACAUGACAAAACUGUACAAAUGAAUGAAAAUAACCAUAACACAGAUGCAAAGACAAAAACUGCAUUCUCCUCCCUUUUGGAAUCUGGACAUUGGGAUAACACCAAAAAUAUGACAACCAAUCAGAGACUAAUGACUGGUUUGUCUGCUCAGACGGAGGCAAUUGCAACAGAAGUGAGCAAAUCAAAGGAGAACUUUGGCAAAACAAAAGACAAUGCACAUGAUGAUGAAGAAAAGACUGAAAGAGUUGAAUGGCAGCAAAAAGAGGGGCUAAAAGAAGCAGUGGACUGCAGAUGCCGAUACCUUUCCCUGAGCGAGGUUCCUAGACAAGGAGUACAGGCCAAAGAAUACCCCCAUUAUAAUAUGAAAGAAAACAAAAUACAAGUUGUGAAUGACACUGUACACCCUCAUCAUCCCUUAGUGGAGAUGUCAUUCUGUCAACAGAGAGCAUCCUGUGAUACAAAUAGUAAGGCUUCGGGUUGCAUCUGUCACUUAAUGAACACACACAGUCUAUUGAUUAUUGCCUUGGCUUUGGAAUUUCCAAGGUCACCAAAAAAGUGCCAAGGGGAUUGGUGGCUUUCAAUGCGAGACUGUGCUGAUCUGAACUUCAAUGGACUCGGAGCCAAGCACUGGAAAAUGACCAUGGGUAGGAAGUUUAAGGAGAUGGAAUCGAGUAUCAAAGUGGAAACUACUGAAACAAGUCAAGAAAAAAUGCAGGAGGAAAGUGGAAGGAUGAAGGAAACUAUAGACAAACUAUUGUUGAAAGGUAAAGAUAUAAAGCACGAGGACAGAAAAUGUGAUGAGACAGAUGAAAACCACUCAAAUGAUGAGAUAAAGGUGGAACUAAUGGAAAAGUGUAACUUUAGUGAACAAGACCAAGUCACAGAAAUACCAAUGAACCAAGGACUAGAAGAAGAGGACACACAAGCGUAUAACAGGAGAGAAGACAAAACAGAUAUAAUUACAGCAAAAACCCAGGUCAACUUUGUGUCAGACACACAGAAGAAAGAGACAGAAGAUGCAAGUCUGAUACUUUCCUCUGCUCAGACUACACACUCAGACACAAAACAGUCAAACCCAGAAUCAAAUGAAAAAUUCCACCAAAUGACAGAGUGUAAAAUCAAGAGGGCCACAGAUGACAAUAUAACAUCGAAUAAUGGAGUUUUAACAAUGUCCCCACCUUGUAAGGAGUUAACCAACAAUAGGAUGACUAUAAAGAAGACUCGAACGUUCAUGGUGGAUGGCCGGGAAGUUAGUAUCACCACAUCAAAAAUUGUUUGUGAGAGCGACAACAAAGAGCAAAUGAGGUCUGCCAGACGCCAGGAGCUGCAGGCCCUGAAAAUCCUGCAGAGGGAGGAGCAGAGAGAGCAUGCCCGGUUGGAGCAGCGACAGCAUCAACAGAGACAGAUGAUGUUUCGACAAGUUGCACAGCAAAUGACUACUAAGAAGCAGUACUACGACGGUGAACUGGAGAAGGUGGAGAAACAGUACCUCCAGCAGAGUAGUCGGGUGGAGGCCGAUCACACAGUCAGGUUAAGAGAAGAUGCCCGCAGACUUAAAAGCCAGCAGGAGAAAGAUCUAGGCCGCCAGGCAGCAGCACUGAGGAAUCAGCCCAUGAAGGAACAAACAUUCAUACAGAAGCAACAGCAGGAGCUAAAUGAGGCAUUACAGAAGGUUGUUCAGGAACAUAAAAGGAAGGUUGCCUUUAUGGAGAAAGAAUUCAUGAUCAAAACUCAGCAGCUUAAAAGAGCUAGAGAAUCUGUGGUUUGGGAGAUGGAGCAGCGUCAUCUCCAAGAGAAGUAUCAUCUGUUUAAACAGCAGGUUAAGGAGCAGUUUUCUCUUCAAAGACAGCAGCUCAUCAAAAGGCACAAAAAAGAUACAGAGCGGACAUGCCAAUUUCACAGUAUUCUGCUAGAUGAGUUACAGUCUGAGCAUGCACAGAAGAAAGGCGAGCUCCAACGAGCACACCGCAUAGAGACCAAGGCCAAGCUCUCCCUCUUGAAGGAGGAGCUGAAAACACUGGGGUGGAGUGGUCCUGAGCAAAGACAGCGCCUAGCACUGUUUGUUGCAGAGGAGGAGGUCAGACAAAAACAGAUGAAGCAGAGUUUAGAGGCGGUCCAAGAGAGUCAGUUUCUGGAUCUCCGGCAGCAGUGUGAAGCCAACAUGGCAGAACUCCAACAACUACAGAAAGAUAAAUUGCAGUUGCUGGUGGACAUGGAAAAGAAGAAGAUCCGUGGUCUAGAUGAUGAACACAAACUGGAACACAAUGAGUGGAAAGACAAGCUGUCUUUCAGGAAAGAGGUUUUAGAGGAGGACCUGACUCAUCAAAGAAGGGAGAAGGACAGAACAAGGAGAGGUGACCAUGAACAAGAGUCAAAAUCUACAAAUCGGAGAACAUUUUUUUUUGCCAACCUCAACCUCUCUUAACCUUUUGAACAAUCAUAACCUAUGGUGUGGCAGGCACAUAAAUUGGAGCAUUACAGGAACAAAUAUUAAUAAUAUUAAGUAUUCAUUUAGCAGAGGCAUUCAUCCAAAGCGACAUACAAAGGACAAUUUUAACUGCCGUGUCUUGAUCUGCAGCCAAAUGCUAAAACAAAUACCUAUACCCCCGCCGAUCUAAUUUACAUUUUAUAAUUUACAGUGACAUAUUUAUCUACAUUUAUUGUUGGUUAUUCUACUUGCAAUCAUUACAUUUAAUUGUAGUAUUUUACACUUACAUUAACUUUUGCUUUUCCCUAUUAAGGAACUGAUGGUGAAGUUAACAUUGUAUGUUUUACUACAGAAUUACUACAGCUAUUGACAACAAUGAAUUUACUAUAGGAAUAUUUUUAGAUUUAAGUAAGGCGUUCGACACGGUAAACCAUUCUAUUCUUCUCAAAAAACUAAACACAUAUGUGAUCAAUGACGCGGCACUUAAGUGGUUUAAUAGCUAUCUAUCUGACAGGAAACAGUACGUUAUCCUCAACGAGAAUUCAUCUUCAUGCAAACCUAUAACUUGUGGAGUGCCCCAGGGAUCAAUUCUGGGACCUCUAUUAUUUUUAAUAUAUGUUAAUGAUCUUGCCGAAGCAUCCAAAACUUUAUUUUGUAUCCUAUCCUAUUUGCUGAUGACACAAAUCUUUUCCUUUCACAUGGAGAUUUUGAUUAUUUAAUACAUCUAACCAACCAAGAAUUAGAUAAGGUCAUUACUUGGUUCGAAGCCAACAAGUUAUCAGUUAAUAUUAAAAAGACAUUCUAUCUUAUCUUUUGCAGUAAAAACAAGACAUAUAAUAGGAAAAAUGCUAAUAUAUUCUUAAAGAACCUUCCACUUUCCCAGGAAUGCCAGGCUAAAUUCCUAGGAAUAUUAAUCGCCGAUCGAUUAACAUGGAAGUCUCACAUUGCUAUGACAGUAAAUAAAAGUUCGAAAACUAUUGGGAUUAUAGGGAAAAUUAAACAUCUUUUAUCUAAGAAAACCUUUACAACCAUAUACAACAGUUUAAUCUACCCAUACCUUACAUAUUGUAAUAUUGUUUGUGGAAAUGCCUACAAAACUUCUUUACACCCUCGAUUAAUUCUACAGAAAAGAUUUCUACGCAUUGCCACUAGUUCCAGUUUAUACACCCACUCUACAUCAUUAUUUGAGAAACUUAGAAUUUUGAACAUUGAUGAUAUUAACAGAUUUCAACUUGCUUUUUUACAGCCCAAUAUAUAAACCAUAAUCUCCCUGUUACCUUUGCCCAAAUGUCUGUCAAAUUCAAGUGUGUCACAAUAUGGAACGAUCUUCCCCCCUCUCUCAAGAAUUUUACUUCCUCUUUUCUGACCUUCAAAAAUUAUCUUAAAACAUACCUGUUUAAAAAAUCCAACCCCGUUGUAGUUGUCACUCAAUCAUUUAUAUACCAUACCAUUAAUUAUUGAUUGCCCUUUCCACAUAAUUUUCAUUUACUAUGUAUUACUUUAUUAUUUAUUGUUGACUCAAAGCUUUAGUCAUCUGUGUAUCCGUAUUGCAUUUUUAUUUCUAUGUAAUACUUUACUUUUUUAUUAUUGUAAUCCAAACCAUUCGAUAUACUUAAUUACUUGAUUAUCCCCAUUGUAUUAAUUCAUUUUCUAUGUAUUAGUUUGCUUUAGCACUUGUUUAUUAUUAUACAUUUUGUUUAGUUUAGAGGAGGAGGGCCUCGUAUAAGCGUUUUACGCUUCUUCCCUCCUCCUGCACCUGUUUUACCCAUUGUUUUUGUAUUAUGUUUUUAUAUAAUAUUUUGUGCAAAUAAAUAAAACAAACAAACUAGUACCUUGUGAUAA